GCUGGGGAAUAGUUGACAAGUUCAUAUUAUAGGACAACAGAGUUGACUUUUAUGGAGUUAUUUGAAUAUUGUAAAACAGCUUAAGUUCUUCCACAGUGGAGGUAAACACGCGAAAUGUUAAUGUAACCAGUGUCUGCCUUGAAUAUCAUGAAUAUCCCUUUGAAGGGAUUCACGAGGUGCUGUCUAGUUAUUCGGUCUAUUAUAACUUUCCUUUGUGGCCCGUGUUUUCCUGUCAGGAUUGUUGCAGUCACUGAUCAGGGACAUCCACAGAUAGGGUUGGAUCAGACUUUCGUUUCCUUUCUGAGAUCAUCAGUUUCCUUGAGGUGGGAGUGUGAAGUGGUUUUCAUCUUUGCAUAAGUGUGCUCUGUAAGUUUAUCUGUGUCAUGCUUUUUAUCAGGGAAUAACAUUCAUCCAGCAGACGAUCAAUAGCUGUAUCCAUUAUGAGGUGAAACACAUGAUGGAGGAUUGACAGAUUAGUACCAUUUGGAAAUACUUGUAAAUACAGGAGGAAUAUAUAUUACUGCAGCGAUGCCUAUCGUGAAGAAGUCCAGACAACAAGGAUAUCUGAGGAUUCCGGUAAUCCUUGAAGAAAAGGAAGCUACCAUAAAGUAUAGGCCAUCCGAGACAAGCCCCCCAUACUUGGCAGAGAGGAUAGACAUCAUGGGCUUUGAGGCCAAGGUCAAGGACAUUCAGGGGUCAGCAUAUUCAAAGGGACACAACUCUUCUGAAGCUGUCAUUGAUAUCGUGGGGAUGACCUGCAUGUCAUGUGUUCGUACAAUCGAAAACAACCUCAGCAAACUUGAUGGGAUCUACCAUAUUUCUGUCUCACUGGAGAAAAAUUGCGCAGAAGUCGAAUUUGAUGCCCAGAAGCUGAAUGCCUCUAAGAUCAGUAGUGAGAUUGAUGAAAUGGGCUUUGAGGCUAAAGUGCGACACAGCAGCUCUCGAAACCUGGCAACAAGGAUUCAUGUGGAGGGAAUGACAUGUCAGUCUUGCGUCCGCCAUAUUGAAUCCCACAUCGGCAAGAAGUCAGGAGUCAUUGAAAUCCGAGUGUCACUGGCAGACAAAGAGGCCUUCAUCAUAUACGACCCAAAGGGUUCAAACCCUGAUAAGCUUCGCGAUGAAAUUGAUGAAAUGGGAUUUGAAGCUUCUCUUCCCCCACCAGCCAGUGUGGAUGAGUUCGAGGCCAUUGCAUCAAGGAAGACGUCUGGAGAAGCCGAAUGUGUCAUCGAUAUUGACGGCAUGACGUGUGGCUCAUGUGUGAAAAACAUUGAAUCUAACAUUUCCAACAAGAGGGGCAUCAAAGGUAUAAAGGUGUCGCUGGAGAACAAGAACGGGGUCGUACAAUAUGAUCCUUCGGUAACAGAUCCAGGAAAGAUCGCAGCUAUGAUUGAUGACAUGGGAUUCGGUGCUUCAGUGGCUGAAAGUCGUGGAUCUUCAGACGAAGGACUGGCAACUGUACUGAUCAACAUCCGAGGUAUGACGUGCAAUUCGUGUGUGAAGACCAUCGAAGGAAAGAUGGCCGAGCAUCCUGGGAUUAAGAAUGUCAAGGUUUCUUUGGCCAAUCAGGAAGGGGUGUUUGUUUACUAUUUGAACAAAGUGACACCAGGCAUGCUGUGUGCUGCUGUGGAAGAUAUGGGCUUUGAAGCAACAGCAGCAGAGGGGCUACUGAAUCCAUCUCAUGUUGGCUCAUCGAUACGGAGCUCGGCCAGUCAGGCUAGUAUUGCACAGUCCAGCGUUCGCUUCCAUGGAGAAGAGGAGGACCUGGAGAAGUGUUUCCUGUUUGUCCGAGGGAUGACAUGUGCCUCAUGCGUCUCCACCAUCGAGAAAAACGUCAUCAAAGUAGAAGGUGUGAAGAGUGUCCUGGUGGCACUGAUGGCCCAGAAAGCGGAGGUGAAGUACGACCCAGAGUAUAUCCUCCCGUCUCAGAUCGCCAACGCCAUCAACGACUUGGGAUUCUCAGCCACUGUGGUGGAACAGGAGGGGGAUGGGCAGGGCGUGGUGGAACUCACUAUAACUGGAAUGACGUGUUCAUCAUGUGUUCACCUGAUUGAGUCCAGCAUGAGGAAGAAGCCAGGUAUAAUUUCGGCUGCUGUUGCACUCUCCACAUCCACUGGCAAGUUCGUGUACGACACUGAGGUGACUGGACCACGCACUGUCAUCGAAGCUGUCAAGAGCCUGGGGUUUGAUGCUUUUCUUAUGACCGAUGAUGACAAGAAGGCAGCCAGAUAUGACCAUCGACACGACAUACGACGAUGGCGCAACUCUUUCUUGCUGUCGCUGGUUUUCGGCAUCCCAGCGAUGACUGUGAUGAUGUACUUCAUGUUCUCCUCCAAGCCCCAGCCUCAUUCCUCCAUGGGAGGCAACGACUCCAAUGGGUCCACCACACCCAUGCCAAAACAUUCCGGUGGCCAUUACCAGCUUAUGAUUCUGCCUGGUUUGUCAGUUGAGAACUUGCUUCUCUUCAUCCUCGCCACACCAGUUCAGUUUAUUGGGGGUCGGUACUUCUACAUACAAGCAUACAAAGCACUGAAGCAUCGAGCAACAAACAUGGAUGUCCUGGUUGUCCUUGCAACCACAAUAUCCUAUACAUACUCUGUGAUAGUCGUCAUAGUUGCUAUGGCACUGGAAGAGACAGUAAGUCCAGUGACGUUCUUCGAGACCACCCCUAUGUUGAUGGUGUUCAUAGCUCUUGGCAGAUGGCUGGAACACGUAGCUAAGGGCAAGACAAGCGAGGCUCUGGCUAAGCUGUUGUCUCUCCAGGCGUCCGAGGCUGUGCUUGUGGACCUGGACAAGGAGGGCAAUGUCAUCCAUGAAGAGACAAUACAGGUGGACCUCGUACACAGGGGAGAUCAUCUCAAGGUGGUUCCUGGGGAGAAGAUUCCAGUUGAUGCCCGAGUGAUAGAGGGCACCUCCACAUGUGACGAAUCUCUCAUCACUGGGGAGAGCAUGCCAGUUCCAAAAUCUGAAGGGAACUCUGUGAUUGGGGGCUCCAUCAACCAGAACGGGAUGUUGAUCAUCGAGGCCACCCAUGUCGGGGCAGACACCACCCUCUCCCAGAUUGUCAAGCUAGUGGAGGAAGCACAGACUUCCAAGGCCCCAAUACAGAACCUAGCAGACAAGAUAGCCGGCUACUUUGUCCCCAUCGUGUGUACCCUGUCUACCAUCACACUCAUCUGCUGGGUCAUCAUUGGAUAUGUGGACAUCACAAAAAUAGAACCAGAGUUUAUGGAGAAUGGUCCUGUUUUGAGGAGUGAGGUGAUAUUCCAGAAAGCUUUCCAGUAUGCUAUCACAGUACUCAGUAUAGCAUGCCCCUGUGCCCUGGGUCUUGCCACGCCCACUGCGGUGAUGGUGGGGACAGGCGUCGGCGCCACUAACGGUAUCCUCAUCAAGGGAGGCGAGCCCCUGGAAACAACACACAAGGUUAAGUGUAUUGUGUUUGACAAGACUGGCACGAUCACAAAGGGCGUGCCCGAGGUGGCCCGAGUUUCCCUGUUCGUGAAGGAGAAUGUAUGCUCCUUUGUCAAGCUACUGGCUAUUGCCGGCACUGCUGAGAACAGCAGCGAGCACCCCAUAGCUGCAGCCAUUGUCAAGUACGCCAAAAAGACUCUGGCCAGUGAGGCGCUGGGAAAGGUUACAGACUUCCAGGCGGUGCCAGGAUGUGGCCUCAAGUGUAAAGUGUCGCAGAUAGAGACCCUCCUCAACAACGUUGACUUGGCCGGUGUAAACAACCGCAAGAACCAGUUUGGGAGCAUCCGCAUCAAGAUAGAUAAUGUCCAGGGGGAGAGCAGUGAUGACUUGCCGCUCCAGAUCGAGGAUGUGAUGCUGAUGGGCGCAGCUUCCUCCAAUCCCUAUGAAGUCCUGAUCGGGAACCGUGAGUGGAUGAACCGGAACGGCCUGCUAGUGAGUGAAGCCAUGGACAGUGUGAUGACGGAACAUGAGAACCAGGGCCACACUGCAGUACUCUGUGCUAUCGAUGGUGUGGUAACAGCGAUGCUGGCAGUUGCUGAUACGGUAAAGUCAGAAGCUCACCUGGCUGUGCAUUGUCUGAAAGAGUUAGGCCUGCAGGUGAUCCUCCUGACCGGAGACAACCAGAAGACUGCCAAGGCCAUUGCCAAACAGGUUGGAAUAAGACGUGUGUUUGCAGAGGUUUUGCCAUCACAUAAGGUGAAGAAGGUGAAGAUGUUGCAGAAGGCAGGAAUGAAAGUUGCGAUGGUUGGUGAUGGUGUCAACGACUCCCCAGCACUGGCACAAGCCAAUGUUGGCAUUGCCAUCGGCACCGGCACCGACGUGGCAGUAGAGGCUGCAGACAUUGUACUCAUCAAGAAUGAUCUGCUGGAUGUCUACGCUGCCAUCAAACUGUCCAAGAUGACUGUCCGACGUAUUCGGCUUAAUUUUCUGUCAGCCUCCAUCUACAACAUUAUCGGCAUUCCGAUUGCAGCAGGCAUGUUUGUACCACUGGGCCUGUCACUCAAACCCUGGAUGGCAUCGGCUGCCAUGGCAAUGUCCUCAGUAUCAGUGGUCAGUGCCUCCCUGCUGCUCAAACUAUUCCACAAACCAACAAAAGAAAAGUUGUUGACCCAAGACUACUACAAGCGCUACGCUGAAGACCAGGAAUAUGACAACAUCUCACUACACCGCGGCCUGGACGAGGACAGCCCCAAUCUACGCAAUAGUAAGCAGGGAAGCAUUCUAUCAAGGCUGAGCAACUGGAAGGCCAUCACACCUGGGCCAGACAAGCGAAGCCUGCUUGAUCAAGACAGUCCUGAGGAUGAGAUUGAGAUGGAAGGGAUUGUGUAGGUGAAGCGGGUCCCAGACACACAAGAUCAUAUGUUUAAUACAUACUUGUAGUAGCUUAACAUUGUUUGUAUUAUGCUUUACUGUUAGGAUAAGAAGAAGAAUUGUUUGUUUGGUCAGAUUAAGUUUUAUUUUAAUUUUGCUCGUCCACUAAAACUUUCCUAUAGACUUGCCAUUCUACCUGAUGCUCAAAGUGGUAGUCCACAAGGAAAUGUCACUUGUCUUUCCUGAAUUUUUCUUGUCUCGGACUAGCGGACCGGUGUUAAUUUAAACUCUGUUGGUUGAGCCUGGAAAAAGCAAGUUGUGACUUAUGAAUGUCUUGUUAGCUGUUUAUUCUGAAAUAUGUUUUAAGAGGGCUUUGAAUGUCAUCCCCCAAAAGAGGAAGUGUCUACAAUAUUUUAUUGAGCUUGUUGUGCUCACCAGCAAAUGUAUCUGUGAUCAUGUUGUUAUUUGUCAGUUUGUGAUUUCUUAGAACCACAUAACUCAAACUCCUCUGUUUUCCUUUGAAAGUGCCAUGGUGUUUAAUUGGGCUGACUCCAUAGGAUUGCAGAGGGAUUCCUUAAACAGGAGACUUUAAAAAUAUAAUUUAUACAAAUCCAGUUCUGCCUAGAAAUUCUUGUGUUCUUAACAAACAUUAUGGUAUAAUGUCUUGAAGUUUCAUUCCCAAUUUGAGAUGUACAUUAGAUUGAACAAAUGUUGAGAUGGACGUUUCGUUUGGACCCCAAUGUGAUGUCACGCUAUCCUGAUCUCUGGAGAACAUAAUAGUGUAUAUUAUCAUUAUUUUCAUUAGCUGUUAAUAAACUGAUAUGAUCACUGUUACUUUUGCCUUGAGUAUUGCAACCAUCUUAUGAUCCAAGUCUGACGGUUUUGUAAGUUGGCCACAAAUCCACUGUCGAUAUGCAGAAGCCAUUUUGGACACCUGAUCCCCGUUUAGGCCCACCUUCAUGACAACAUUCCGGUCAAGACACAAAUCCUACCAGAAACAGAGGAAGUAAAAUGAAAACAAACAAUUAUUUUCAAAUGACUGCAUUAUGUAUUUAGUACUUAUACACAUAUAAUAAGUAUAUUUUAGUAAUGUUAUUGACUAUAAAGGUUACAAAUGAACAUAUAUCUCCACUGCAUAAAAUACAAUACAGAUGCUAUAUAAUUUGUGAUAGUUUAUGGAAGUCAAAACUCAAACUAGAUUUCUUGACCAUGUUUUAUCUCGUUCAUAUCGGGUAACAAAGAAAUCCAGUAUGCUACUCUGUGGUUGUAAAAUAUUCUACAUAUUUGAUGAAUUUUGCAGACUGGUCAGUUGCAAGUUUGCAUAAUGAUAAACACAAGGAAGUCAUUGUUUUUACAACUUAUGUUUCAAUUAUCCUACUCAAUUUCUGGAUGUUCCCAUUAUUCCGUUAUGGAUCUAAAUGUGACUGACUGCUUUGAGAUGUUGCCUUACAAAUAGUAUUUGAUAUUACCAUAGAAGUAGUUUUGUACUGGUAUGAUACAUAUGUCAGUAUCCUUAUCCAGGGUAUGUUGAAAGAGGAACAUUAUGAUAACCAGAGAAUAGACCUUAGUAGACAUAUAUUUUAGUUGUAUUUUUUAUUUGUGUAUAACCUGUUAAAUGGAGUUGCUUUCCUCACAACAAAUCAUACAUCAUAGUAUAAGUUUAUUACUUUUCCUAUAUGCCUUGUCUACUACUGGUCUGCAAGUAGUUGUCUACUACCCUGUACAGUAUAUAUCUUAUUUUUCCUAACUUGCAACCAGUUUCGACUUGUUUUUACCGUUCAAAGAAAUAACAAACAAAAAAUCAAAAUCUGUUUUUUAACUGUCUUGAUAUCAGUUGACUUUAUAACUGAUCAGAUUCAAUACUUUAAAUAUUUUAAUCCAAUACUUCAUUUACAUGUAAUGUUUUGUGGAUUUUAAACCAAAAGAAUAAAAUGACCUGAACCUGUAUACAAUGCCAGGGUAAAUUGUGAUAGGUAUUUCUGAACAAACAUGGUCAGGACGUUUUCAUAGGCAAAAGCUGAUGGUGAGAUUAAUGUGUUUAUGUUUAAAGUUAUGACACCUAUCAGAUGUACUUGAAGCAAGUCCUGUUGACAUUACUAGGAACAGUUUUGGGUAUAUUUGUUUAUAGUAUGUUCAACUGAUAUGUUUUAUUAGUUGUAUCAUCACAAGGAAUUUAUUUUGUGUGUCCUUGACCCUGACAUUCACACAUGACUUUAUUUGUGGGAAGUAUGUGCCUUUUGAAGAAGGAUGUUUGGGGAUUUCAGACAUUUUGUUACACCAAUUCAUGUUAAUGAUUUCAUAAUUAGUUUGAGCAUAAUUGAUGUAGAGCUGAGCAUAAAACUGAUAAUAUAUCAAUGUUUUACACCACCCAGUGCUAUGUCAACUGUAUGUUUUUUCAAAAUAUAUUUUACAUUAUAGAUUAAUAUGCCAUGUGUUAAAGUUUCUUGUAUUUUCAGUGUGAUAUUUUUUACUCAGUAAGAUGUUUCCAUUUUUUGUCAGGAUAAAAAUCAAGAUAAUUUUUCUAAUAAUGUGACAUUGAAAAUCUGACAAAACCCAUCUGUUGGUGGUCUGUUUGGGUUUUUUAAAUAGUAAUACAGAUGUGUCAUGUUUACUGUGUUUCUUUGUGCUGGAUGCAUUGAUAAAGGAAAAAAUGUGUUAUGAUUCCAACAUUCUAAUUGUCUCCAGAAGCACUUUAUAAACACAUCACCAGUCACUUAGAAAUACUUUUUCCAAGAAGUCAUUUAAUUGUUGAUUGGACCUGUUUAGACAUAAUAUCUCAUAAAUGCUGCAUGUAUUGAUGACUACGAAUUUGACACUUUCAAGAUGUCCUUCACAACGGCCUGUAUUUUCUUGCCAAAUAUAUGUUACAGAAAGAUUAGCACUCAUUGAGAUAUUGUGACAACUCUGAACAUGUUUACAAGGUUAUCCCCUGUUCUUCAAGGCCUGUGGAGAUUUGUAUUCCAUUUCUGCCAGUCUUAGUCGUGUAAUAUUUGUGAUUGAGUGAACACUCUUGACUAAUCUGGCAUUGGUUUCGACUCAAACUGGCACCAAUUCUUUAAAAAGGCAUCAUUUGGGACCAGUACCCUCUAUACUGGCAUCAUUUGGGACAAGUACUCUCUAUACUGGCAUCAUUUGGGACCAGUACUCUCUAUACUGGUAUCAUUUGGGACCAGUACUCUCUAUACUGGCAUCAUUUGGGAUCAGUACUCUCUAUACUGGCAUCAUUUGGGAUCAGUACUCUCUAUACUGGCAUCAUUUGGGACCAGUACUCUCUAUACUGGCAUCAUUUGGGACCAGUACUCUCUAUACUGGCAUCAUUUGGCACCACAGCUUUGUCUGAGGUGGCAUCCUAAAUGUGCUGGUUUGAUAAGAGCAUGAGAUACAAAGAAAUUCAGCUUACCUGUCACAAGUAAAUGAAUUAUUUCGGGGUAAUGACUCAUAGGAGUAGUAGGAAAUAAAGUAGAGUCAAAAUUGACAUUAUCAGUUGGUGACAUCAUGAAAAAGAGAUGGUGUCUACAUAUUGCUAUUGACAAUGAAGCAAUGUGGUGCCAUGUUGUUUAAUUUGAGUAUUUGGCGCUGUGAAUUGCCUUAUAUCAAAAUGUGCAAAUAUAUCAAAGUUAUUACACUGUUUGAAACCUAAUGGCAACUGUAUGAGAUCAAGUCCAACAAAUAUUAGGAUAUUGCAGCCAGAAGCUAAAUCCAUCUCCAGUUUUGAGAGAGUUCACUCUAGCGCAAGAAGCUCAUGUCAGUGAAUGUUCCCUAAGUCCUUCAUUGUUUUUUAUACAUAUUUGUAGAUUCCUGUAUUCCACAUCCGUAUACAUGUCUAUACUGUUGUGUUUUAUUCACAUUGCGUGGCUACAGUAGAGUUUUGGUCACUUGAGUGUUUUCAGUCCAAGCUAAUUUUGAUUCAGAUCAUUCAAGACCCAAAUGUGAUAUCUGUAUGAAAUGUAUCAAUUUAACAGCCAAUAACGUUCCAACCAUGUAAUAUUCUGGGUAUUUUGCUUGAGACGAGACAAUACUUUAUCAGUCUGCAUUUUAUCAAGACAUGCAAUAUGUUUAGGUAAAACUUGACUAUGAUGACUUUUCACAACAUCCAAGUCCAGUGAAUGUGUGCAUAUAUAUGUUUAUGACAUCUAGAAACAGGAGUCACUUUGUACAUAAAGUCAGAAAUUCUCACAGGUUUUAUGGGAGUUCCAGCUCCCACUGAUAAUGUCACUCAGCACAUAGUCAUUCAAAUACUGAUAUUUGAUUCUGAUGUUUGGCGGUGAUGUUUGACAUAUACGUUUGACACUGAUAUGUCAUUUUACUAUUUCAACCAGUAUAUAUGUCAACAAGGUACAAUGAUAAGGAAGAGAAUUUAUGGAUAUCAACUUCUUUAUUAAUAUGAGGAACACCACAUUUCGGAGUAUAUACUUACUCUUUCAUCAGGUGAAUAAAUCAGGACUGAUAUUUCCUGAAUAUUGAUAUUGACCAAAGCAGAUAAGGAAAAUGUUUUCAUUGUGGUUUUAUGUAAAAUUAUACUCAGUAACACAACUAAUUUUGAUAUUCCUUUUGUCACUAUUUACUGAAUUUAACCAUUUCUUGUCAAAUGUGUACGUUUGUAGUGUCCUUUAUGAUUUAGCUGUGUUGUCGUCAGUAACGUAUGUUGCUACAGUGUUGUCAUGGUAACCAGAUUUGAUAUAUUUUUUAUAUCACAUGACCUUGAUUAAAAUAUUUUACAGACAUGCUCUGCUUACUAUGUACCAUUGUAAAAAUGAUGAAUUGAUAAAUAAUUAUACUGCA